AUGACGGACGAAAAUCAGUUGCUGGUGUUGGAAAAGCAGUGGCGUCAGGCGUGUGUGCUGGACUGUGCUAGAGAGCGCCAUCAAGCUGUGUGUGGCAGCAACGGCCGAAUGUAUGAAUCUCUGUGCUUUUUCCAGCGUGCGCAGUGCAUCAACAGACGGCUGAGGACGGCUGCAGUGUCAACAUGCACAGAUGCUUUGAGGUCUAAAUGUCAGCUUGCUCGCUCUCAAUCUCUGCGGGCCAGCACUCGUUCUGAUUCCUCUGCUGUCUUUAUCCCAGAAUGCAAAGCCGAUGGAACUUAUACAGAGGUGCAGUGUCACAAUCAGACGGGUUACUGCUGGUGCUCCUCUCCUGAUGGGAUUCCUAUGAGCGGAAGCUCUGUCUUACACCUGCAGCCCAACUGCACUGGUCAGAUGUCAGAUAUGGCUCAGGAAACUGAACAGGAAUUAGCACAAGCAAAGCGAGGGGUUCAGUGGCGCUCCACUCCAGACCCUGAGCAGCGCUCUGCUCUGACCACUGCAGGAGUCACGGUGCCUCCAUUUUGGGCAACAAUCCUUCUGAACUCUGACCCGAAUGGAAACCGUUCUGUCAGGCGACCCGCAGACUCUUUAAAGACCUGUGAACAUGAGCGAAUGUCUGUGCUCACUGAAGGCUCAGAAGAGCGUUUUGUCCCAGAAUGCAGUGCAGAUGGGAGGUACAGAGCCGUUCAGUGUUACAGCAGCACAGGAUACUGCUGGUGCGUGAGAGUGGACUCAGGGCGGCCCGUCCCGGGCACUUCAGCCAAGAACCAGCUGCCUGGAUUGUUCUUCCGCGGGAUAGUUCUGGCAUGA